AUGUCGGCGGGUUUAUCAGUCUACGCGAACUCACCGUAUCCACUUAUCAAAGGCUAUGCGAUUGGACCCGAUAUUGCCGAAGGUGGUUUUUCGAGAGUUUAUCGAGCUUACAACCAGGAUAUCUCAACUUUCGCUGCAGUCAAAGUGAUUUCGUUGGUUAACAAAAAAUCAAAUCCAACUUUAGAUGAAGCAUCAUAUAAACGUAUUAAGAAAGAAAUCAAAGUUCACAAAACCCUCAAGCACUCAAAUAUACUUGAAUUGAUCGAUAGCCUCGAGGACCAUGAAGGUUUACCAUCUCGAAACAUACCACCGGCCUUUUAUAUCAUCCUGGAGUAUGCUGCUAGUGGCGAUUUAUUUGAUCAACUGAUCCCAGAUGUCGGAUUGCACAAUGAUUUAGAAUUGAUUCACUUUUACUUUCGUCAAUUGAUGUCUGGUCUAUAUUUUUGCCAUAGUAAAGGAGUAGUGCAUCGGGAUUUGAAACCGGAGAAUAUACUUCUAGAUGGGAAUGGAAAUCUCUUACUUUCAGACUUUGGCCUUUGCUCUGUCUAUAAAUACAACGGAAAGGAAAGAAUGUUAUCUGAGAUCUGCGGAAGCGCACCUUACGCAGCUCCAGAGUUAGCAUUUGGUCGACCUUAUCAUGGUCCAGCAAUCGACAUGUGGUCUUCUGGUAUCAUUCUCUAUGUCCUCCUGGUCGGAAACACGCCUUGGGACACUCCAACUCUGGAAAGUCCCGAGUUUGCAGCUUACGUAGACGGGUCUAUAUGGCACACGGAUCCAUGGACGCGAAUAAAUCAUGAAUUAAAACAUUUCUUGCAACAAAUGAUGCACAUAGACCCGGAGUUAAGAAUGAACAUGACUCAACUUGUAAAGGACCCAUGGUUUAAAAGGAAAAACUGUCUGAUGAAUCGUGAGGGACUAGCUUUAUCUGCUGAAACUCUCGCAGUCCGACUUGCCAAACAGCGUCAGAACGCUGAUGAGGGUACUCAUUUCGAUGAAGAGAACCAUUUCAAUAGUUGUACCGAAAUGGCUAUCCCAAAAGAUUCCAAUUUCGAUCCUAAUAGUACAUCACUACCUCAAAUGUCUCAAGAAAUGGCCAAGUCACAAAUUGCUGCACGUUACUUGAACGACACGGCUGCAAAUCCUACUCAACCUUUCUCUUGCACAGUUCGAUUAUUUACUCAAAACCCUACUUUAGCAUCCCAAAAGAUGCUUCAUGGAAAUACUUCAACAAUGUUUAUAUCUAAAUCAUCAAUAGAAGAACUCGUAACGGCUUUUACCGCAGCUCUUGAUGUGGUCAAUGUUCAACACGCUGUCAAACCAUUAAUGAAUGAUUUAAAUCAAGAUCAAAGUCAAAAGUAUCAAGGAGGGGUGAAGUUUCAAGUAGCAUUUACUGAUAAUCGAAAACAAAAAAUGAUUGGAUCAUUAAGAAUUGAGCCGAUUAUUGAUACUGAUUCAGAAGUUUCAACAAACGUUGGUACUGAUUCAAUGGAGAUUGAUGAUAAAAGUAAAGUAGAAGUUCAGGAAGUGAUUUGGAGUGUAAUUUUUAGAAGACAAAAAGGUGAUGUUUUACGAUGGAGACAAAAAUAUGAAGAACUCUUUAGUCAUUUACCUGACGGAAUUGUUUUGGCUAGAUAA